GUUUGUAAAUUUGAGUUUUAUGAAGAUUUAAAGUCAACGUGAAGCUUUAAACUCAACUUGUGGAUCCACAGCAGCUCGACUUCUGACACAGAGACCCUGAAUGCAACCUUUGACCAGGACUGACAGAGACCUCUGACCUCAGGUUGUUUCCUCCUCCUGUGCAGAUGUUUGUUGGUGUGCAGCUGUAGACGCCUGCCAUGAAUCUACAGACGCUGUCGCUGAGAGCCCUGCUGGUUCUGGGGCUCUGGCACUCGGGGAGGAGAAGCCUCGCCUCGGCUCCAGAGUUCAAAGAGCAGCCCAAGAAAAUAGCCGUGGUCGGAGCAGUCAUCGGUGGCACAGCGGCGGCGUUUUACUUGAGGCAGGAGUUUGGACACGCGGUGAAGAUCGAUGUCUUCGAACCCGGCGAUGUCGGCGGGCGACUAGCGACGGUGAAGAUGGGAGACUAUGAGUACGAGACGGGCGGCUCGGUGAUCCAUCCUCUGAACCUACACAUGAAGCACUUCAUUGAGAAACUAGGUAUCCCUCCGAGGACAGAUGUCCCGUCUAAAAUGGCCAUCUUUGAUGGAAAGGAGCUUGUGUUCGAGGAGAGCAACUGGUUUAUCGUUAACUUCCUGCGCAUGCUCUGGAGAUACGGGUUCAGUUUUCUUCGAAUGCACAUGUGGGUGGAGAGUGUGUUGGACAAGUUUAUGAGAAUCUACCAGUACCAGCAGUACGGUUACUCAUUCUCCAGCGUGGAGAGGCUCUUGCACGCCAUGGGAGGCGAUAACUUUCUCACCCUGAUGAAUCAGACUCUGGAGGAAACCAUGAUGGGCGAAGGAUUUUCACAAGUCUUCCUUAACGACAUUGUUGCGCCCAUCACUCGCGUCAACUACGGCCAGAGUGUUCGCAUCAAUGGCUUCGUUGGUGCCGUGUCGCUAGCAGGGGCAGAUUCAGGCCUGUGGGCAGUGGAUGGAGGCAAUAAGAGAGUGUGCUUAGGACUGCUGUACAACAGCAAGAGUGAGCUCAUCCCCGCCAGAGUGACUUCUAUUACAGUCAAGGUUCGACCAUCCAAGACAGGAAACCCGGUCAGCUUCUAUGAGCUCAACUACGUAGGAGAGUCGGGCACAGCACACGGUUUAUACGACAUAGUGGUAAUAGCGACGCCACUGCAUCAGGGAAAGUCCGACAUCACCUUCUCAGGCUUCUCCCCUUCCAUCCCGACCCACUUCCCGGGACGCUACCACCAGACGGUCUCCACUCUGGUCCACGGCCUGCUCAACGUGUCCUUCCUGGGCACCACCGAGUCGGCCUCAGAGUUCACCGUGUCCGACGUCCUCACCACGGACUCGAAGGGCUCCGUCAUCAGCAGCCUGAGCUCUCUGGACCCGGUGCACAUCCCCGCCGGCUACCAGCGACCCCCCACCAGCCAGGCUAAGGUGUGGAAGGUUUUCUCCCAGCAGCCUCUGUCCCAGCAGCAGCUGCAGAACAUGUUUCUCUCCUACGAUUCGGUGUCGGAGACGUCGUGGUUGGCGUACCCGGCUUACCGCCCGCCGCACCGUAAGACCCCUCCGUUCAUCCUGCACAACCGGCUCUACUACCUCAACGCCGUGGAGUGGGCGGCCAGCGCCAUGGAGAUGAGCGCCAUCUCGGCCAGGAACGUGGCCCUGCUGGCGCAUCACCGCUGGCACCAGCAGGAAGGCAAGAUCGACCAGGAGGACCUGCACACCCGGCUACGAGGAGAACUCUGAAAAACUUGAAAUUAGAACCAAAAAAAACACACAAUACAAUCCCAUCAAUCAAGCUCAUCAUUUCUGUCAGGUAGCUUUGUACUCGACAGUAAUUACUGAGAUCUGGGAACGCAAGAGCUGCAACUUCAGCUGAUUAAUUAGUUAGUUCAAUAAAAUAAAAUUCAUUGGCAGCUGCUUUAAUAGCUUGAAUCAACUAAGAUGUCGAAUAUUCAGCGGUUUCAACCUCUGAAAUGUUUGAUUUUUUUAUAAUUUUCUGCUUGAUUUUGUGGUAAAUUUAGUCUCUUUGGAUUUGGACAAAACAAAACAUUUGAUCCCAGUUUUUAUAUUUUUUACUCUAAAGGCCUAUUUUUGCUCAUUUGACAGAAAUCUAUGGAUUUUUCAGAUAUUUCAUUUGAUUAACAGAAAUGUCUGCUCUGCUUGAGAGAAUGAAACUAGAAUUACCAAACUUGUUUUCAUUUCAAAACCUCAAAAUUCUUCCACUGGGAAAAAAAAAUCUAUUUUUAUAUGCAUAUACAGAUUAAUCAAUAAUGUAAAUGAUCUCUAGUUUCAUGUGAGAAUGCUACAAAUUCUAAGCACAAUAAACACGAGCUGGUUUUAAACAAGCCAGCGGUUUAACCAGAUUAUCUAAACCCCUUUAAACCAGAAGUGAGCGCUCCUCAUUACACAUACUUUUGUUGCUGCUUUUCCAGAUCUCUGCAGUUACCUCUGAGAGUACAGUGUUCAUUCUUUAACUGUAGCUACAGUCCGUUGAGCUUUAAAUCUCAAAGCAUCACCAGCAACAGCAGCACAAGGUAGCGCUACAUGUGCUGCAUCCUAUGAUCACUGUGAACCACGCUGACACACCGAUGUCCGUCUGUGGAUGCGAGUGUCUUGAGCAAAGUUUAUUUUUUUGUAACGAACAAAUGAUUUACGAUAUAGUCCACGUUUCUAAAACACUACGCUUUCUGUCAAAUCCGCACUUAAACCCAAACACGGCCUCGGCUCUGGAGACGAAGUGGCUCGGACCGAUCCACACGACACUAUUCCAGCUUGUCCUGUGCACGUUUGUGCUCGUGCACAGAGAUGGAGGGGAGGGGGGCUGCGGGAACAAACGGGGGGGACGGUAAAUCUGGAACAGACUCUAAAUAUGCAAACUCGUCAAAUGUUGGCAACCUUUCUGACAGACUCCACCUUUAUAAGAAAUCGUUUUGUUGUUGCCCUUCAGGCGAAUUCCUGCAUGUUGUUCAAUUACAUAAUGAUGAUGUUUCCUCAGAUGACUUCCCGGCCUCUCUACCUCCUCAGCACACUACUGUAUAUGUUGUUAGUGAGUACAGGCAGCUGUCAGCGAGAGAGUAUUAGUCGUUUUGUAAUGAUCCUGAUGUUAGCACUGUUGCCGCACACAGCGAGGAGAGUGUGAACCCGCUGGUCGGCCUGCCUCUGUGGAGUUUGCAUGUUCUCCCUUUGUGGGUUUUUCCCUGGAUGCUCCUCGUGGCUUCCUCCCACAAUCCAAAGACAUGCACAGUUAGUUAUAUGGUGAUUUUAAAACUAGCUGUAGGUGUGAAAGCGUGCGUGCGUGGUCGUGUGCGUCUUUGCGGUCGACCCGUGAUGGACCGACCCAUCCGGGACGCACCCAAAGUCAGCCACGAGUGACCCUCCACAGGAUAAAGCGGGUAUAACUAAUGGAUGGAUGGAUGAUACUGAUGUCACUUAUGAAAAGUUUUCCUCACUAGUUGACUAAUAUUACUGUGACACUAGUUGGACGGUGUGAUCACACUACAGUGACGCUUUUUAAAACAAUGAUUGUGCCUUAACUGAGUAAUUGGCUUCUGUCUUUAUUAAAUGAGAAGUGUCAUUUUAGAAACUGUAUUAUUUUGAAACUCCCCCUGCAGUCUGACCUCCAGGGACCAAACUGCAACCAGUAUGAUGCUUUUCUAGGUUUUGUUGACUUGACGUAUUCUUUACCUGUGAUUAAUCAGAUGUCAUUUUGCUUUAAGAUAAUCCACACUACCUAAACCACUUUCAGGUUCUUGGGAUAAAAAACAAAUUGUAGUUUGCUAAUUGUUUCUGAAGCACUUUUAGAGUGUGUGUGUGUGUUUUUUUUCUAGAUGUUUGAGAGAAAUAGCAAGAAUAUUAAUCGUGCACUUUACCUGAUGAGAAAAGUUUCAGUUCUACUUGUUGAUUUUGGGAUAAAUUUGAUUUCAAACGAUACUGAAACCUCCCAGAUUCUACUGUGUUUACAAUCACAAUAAAGUGAUGAAACGUU